AUUAUGACUUUCCCCGAGGAAGUAAACAAAAACUAAUACCUUCAGUUUAUCUUACGAUUGACCCAGAAGGUUCAAAUGACUCAUUAUUUAACAUAAUGGCUAUGAUGGAAAAUUCUGUUUUAAAUAAUAUGCUAAAAUUGGAAAAUAAAUUCAAACCAAUUUUGGUUUUGCUUGUUGACAGUGGUUCCGACGAGAACCUCAGACACUUCAAAAAUAUAAAAGAAUACUGUAAAUUAUUUAUAGAAUUAAAUUUGGAUUAUUUAACUAUCAGAAUCCAUGCACCUAGACAAUCUGUCUACAAUCCUGUAGAGCAUAGCAUGUCUACUCUCUCAGAAAAGUUGGCAGAUAUUGUCCUACCUAUUGAUCAUUUUGGCUUACAUCUUGAUUCUAAUGUCAUUAUUGAGAAUAUAGACCUUGCAAAGCAAAAUUUUUGUUAUGUCAGUGAAAAGCUAUGUGAUAUUUGGUGA